UGAUGACAUUUGUCAAUUUUAAAUGUAACGCCUUCAAACUCAACUUUUGAUUAUUAGAAAUUUCAAAUUACAAAAUUAAGGCUAUUUUAAAAGAUGGCCAGUGGUGACUCACCUUGUCCUCAAUACCUGACAUAUUCUAAAUCUAGGGUUCCGUUAUUGGGUGCUCUCAUCGAUUACGUGGAUACUAGUAUACAAUAUUUAUGGACAAAAUCUUUCGUUGCAGCUGAGCAAAUGCACGUACAGACAUCUAAAUCUACUUUAUCAAUCUCUUUCUUGACUUUCGUAUGCUUAGUGCUAGGUUUGCUUGCGAACGUCAAGAUGGAAGUUGUAACUAUUGACGAAUCUACUUUGGAACACGAUCUCCAUAUUGUUUUAUUGAGUGAGGAAUAUAAAUUGUAUGUAGACGAUAUAGAUGUAUCUAAAAUAUUAUGCUGUAUUGAAGCUUCAGACACAUUAUUAGUUUUGAUAUCCUGUUUCUUGAUAUGCAAUUCUGGAUUUGCGCGUCAUCCUACUUGCGAGUACAUGUAUCUACCCUGGAUGGGGGUGACACUGCGCGGGCUGGCUCUGCGUCAGCUGCCGACGUGCGCUGCCCUCCUGUACACGAUGUACGUCGCUAACGAAGACAUUAACACAUUGUUUCUAACGUCAUUCGCCUUAUUAUUCAUUACAGAGUUACGUUUGUGGUUGGAGGUGGUAAGACUGGUAUGUCUCCGAUGGGAAGCAAACGAACAAGUGAAGAUAUGCGGCUUGGAGCAAGAAGUCAAGACUCUUUGGAGCAAUGAAGAGGUGCCCAGCAUUGAAGUGUCUAAUUUUGUUUAUUAAACCUUGUGAAAUGGUGAGAAAUUAUCAAAAGUGACUCCU